GGUUCUAGAGGCGUGUAUGAAAAGCUGCGGGAAAAGGUUUCACAGCGAGGUUGGAAAAUUUCGGUUCCUUAAUGAGCUGAUUAAAGUCGUCUCUCCGAAGUACCUCGGUACGCGCUCUCCCGAAAAAGUGAAGCAGAAGAUUUUAGAACUGCUGUACAGCUGGACACUCGGACUCCCCAAUGAAGUGAAGAUCACAGAGGCCUACCAGAUGCUGAAGAAGCAAGGGAUCUUAAAGGAAGACCCCCAAUUGCCAGCGGAAGCAAUGAUGCCCCUCCCUCCACCAAGGCCCAAGAAUGCGAUUUUUGAUGAUGACGAGAAAUCCAAGAUGUUGGCCCGCCUGCUGAAGAGCACUCACCCCGAAGACUUACGAGCUGCCAACAAGCUCAUUAAAGAAAUGGUGCAGGAGGAUCAGAAACGAAUGGAAAAAAUAUCCAAGCGUGUACAUGCUAUAGAAGAAGUAAAUAAUAAUGUGAGGCUGCUGGGUGAGAUGCUGAGUACGUACCGAGCCGGGCAGUCCUCCGAGGGAAGCGAGGAUUUAAUGAAGGAGCUGUACCAGAGAUGUGAGAAGAUGAGGCCCACGCUUUUUCCGCUUGGCCAGCGACACAGAAGACAAUGAUGAGGCUUUAGCGGAAAUAUUACAGGCCAAUGACAGCCUAACGCAGGUUAUCAAUACUUACCGCCAGCUGGUGAAAGGGGAAGAAAUCAAUGGAGAGACGUCUUCCAGCAAUAUGCCAGCCAGUUCUUCUGCUCUGCUGGAUCUCUCAGGACUGGAUAUGACCUCUGCAGCCGCUCCUUCAUACCCUUCUGUUCCAGCCCAGCCCCUGCCAUAUUCUUCCAGCGCCCCCUCAGCCUCGGCAUCGUUAUCGCUGCUCGAUGACGAACUCAUGUCACUAGGUUUGAAUGACCCCGCGCCUCCUGCACAGCCUUCAGACACGUCAUCGUGGAACAGUUUUCAGGCUUCAGAGGGGAGCACAGACUCGGCUUCGGGAGAGAAGGUCCCUUCGGUCUCACAGACUCCGGUCCAUCCUAGUAAGGCUUUGGAUGAUCUGGAUCUACUUGGGAAAACCCUUCUUCAGCAAUCCCUUCCGCCCACAGCCAUGCAUGUACGAUGGGAAAAGCCCCAACACAAGCCCACACUAAGGGAUCUGCAGAGUAAAACGAGCACCACUCCCCCGCAGCAGCCUGCUGUCCUGGGGAACGUCACUUCUGUCGGAGUAGAACAUCCAGUCCCGUCCCCUGUGAAAAGCGACAUCUCCCUCACUAAUAUCACUGUGCCUCUGGAAUCCAUCAAACCCAGUAGCAUCCUCCCAGUCACUGUGUAUGACCAGCGCAGCUUUCGGGUCCUUUUCCACUUUGCUCAGGACAGUCCUCCAGGCCGGCCUGACGUCCUGGUGGUGGUGAUCUCCAUGCUGAGUACUGCUCCUCUCCCGUCACUGGAAUUAGUUUUCAAUCUGCUGUUCCCAAGGCAAUGAAGGUAAAGUUGCAACCAGCAACUGGCAGUGAACUUCCUCCAUUCAAUCCCAUUCUGCCCCCAACUGCUAUUACUCAGGUGCUGCUGCUGGCCAACCCCACACAGGUAA